UACAGAAUAAAUUACAGUUUCCCCCCGGGAUAUAAGAGGACAACAUUAAAUGCUGGAAUUAUAUAAUCACUUCUUAUCCCUCUGGGACAUUCCUCACUCACUUGCAUGCUACAAUAAUUACUGUGAUACAUGCUAAUUGGAUUAGUACUAUACAUUUUAAAAUCCACAACAAUAGGGUAAGCCUCUAGCACUUAGUGUUAGUGCCCAUUCAGUGCUAGUGGAUGUUUGCUGUGUGAGCAUGGUAUGCAAAUGUGGGCGUGCACGAUUGGUGUACUGAAGGUGUUACUGUGGGCAGGGGAGGAGAGACAGGCAGCAGGGCGGUGGAGCUGUUAGCAAUAACAUUCAUUCUGUGGUGAUUCAACAACAGUGACCUGAAACAAGACAACUGUGCUUACUCAGAAAUGAGUGUCUGUCAUUUGGAGGGCAUCUUCAAAGCGUUUUGUUACCAGUGACUGGCUGGAGGCCGAACAUUCGGAUUGCUCAAAACGGUUUUACAUCAGCAGACUUGUCACCAUGGCAACAAAGCCAUUGGCCUGGCAGGAUGAGGGUCCUCUCAACACACUAGAGGAGGGGGUCAAUGAGUUCUGGGCUCAAGGUGUAGCAGGUGCAACCAAAAGCCAUGACUCCCCACUGCAAGAUAAAGAGGCUCCCAGGGCAGAACCUGAAGAGGACAUAAACGUCCAGGAGCCUGGAGCUCGAUGCUCGCCUAACGACACAGCUGAUGCAACUGAAUCAGAAAACCAGGAAUUAACAAGAAUUUGUGUGUGCACCCCCAGGGAGAGACAAGAGAUGGUGACAGAAUUAGAACAAGCUGCCCAACUUUCAGAAGCAUUACAGGCUCAAGAGGAAUCGGAGAAGUCUACUGAUCCAUGUGAGGAUGCUUUCCCGCCUCCUCCAGCCUUUAUUAGUGCUCCAUCAACAGAGGACUGCUUUGAGAAAGAGAGCUUUUCUAGCCUAGAGGGGGAGGUGGCUACGUGGAUCAGUGAUGCUGAGAUCAUAUCAGACCCAAUAGAAAAGCCUCCAUCUCCUGAUAGACAGAUUAGUCCAGAAGGGCCUCCUCUUCUCCCUGAGCCGGUAACAAGAGAAACAGAUUCAUCACCUGAGGCGAUGACAGGAGAUAAUAUGAGAACAGAGGAAAAUAGCUCACAGCUGAACGUCUUACAGGAUAGUUUCAACAGUGAACCAGAUAAUAUGUCAAGGGUUUCCGUCGCCACAAUAAAUUCAACUGUUCAUCAUUCUCCCUCUGAUAGAAACAACUCAGAUGAUGAGUGCUCUGCUCCUUUUGCUGAUAAAAGCUUGGAAAAAGAGGAAGUGAGCAUAGAUAUUAUGUCUUGUCAACAGCAAUCAAGAUCCAAGUCUUUCGAGGCCUCAUAUUCUGCCUAUGAACAAGACCCAACCUCCUCUACAGUUCCCUCUGUCGAACAUCAGGAGGAGCUGUUGUCCCAGAGUCCAAGUGAACCUGCCCCCAGGGGAGAAAACCAGGAAGCGGCACAACAGGUGCACGGCCAGAGCUCCUCACCUUUGUCAACUGUUGCCAUGGAGCUGUGUAAAUGGGGCGGGGCAGCUUCUCAAGGCCCCGGUUGUUUGGUAGCUGUGAGAGAAAGGCACAGUGGGGCGGGGGAAAGCACAGAGGGAGAGAGCAAGCAAACAGGUGGAGAGGGAGGGCAGAGAGAAAGAGGACUUGAAAGGAACAGGUUGCUUGAGCAGCAACACGGUGGAGGACUGUUAACAAAAACACACCGAGCACAAGAGAUUAAGCCAGGAAAUCACAGCUUUGUGUAUACUAAACACACCAGGAUGGAGAGUGACUUGUAUGAUGACAGCCAGAGUGACAGUGGGGUUUCAGCUGACUUCUCCCCAUGCAGCACUUUGGAGGGCAACACCACCAUCUCUCCAGCAGCGGCACCCAAAGAGACUCCCAUUGAGAGGGAGAUCCGACGGGCUAUAGAGCGUGAACACAGCCUGAGAAGGUCCAGAGGGCUACCAAAUCCACCUACAGCACCAGAGUAUGUAGAGAUCCCUCUGAGGAAAACUAUUCUCUGCCAGUCUAUCACUCUAAACUCUGAGAGGUGUCAAGGCAAAGACAGGCAGUUUGCAGGCAAGAAGAUGCAGCAAGAGAUCCACGAGGAGACCCAGAGGGAGCAGGAUCUGGUGAAGCUUGGAACAGUUCCAGGUUUCUAUGACAAAGGCACGGUACGCCAACUCAAAGACAGAAAACAACUUUUUGAGGCCUUUCAGAAGCCGGAUGACUCAACUCUAAGUCUGUCAACCAGGAGUCAGGCCAUGUCCUGGUCCUCUGUCAGUGACAUUUCAACCCUGGAGGACCAGGAGGACAUCUCAUCACAGGCGUCCACCAUAAGAGGCUCACAUGUGGAGAGGAUUAACACACAGAGUCAAAACCUAGCAAAAGGGGGGGGCACUCCACGAGGAGCGGGCUAUUCUGAGGGGAAAGGCUGUCAGGUUAUUAUCCUGGAGAACAAUCUGAGUGUCCCAGCGCUGAAGCUCUACCACGCCAAGCCAGAGGCACAGCCCGUCACUGUCGUCGACUCUGGAAGAUCUAACUUCACAUCGUUCAGAACAGGAGGCCAUGAUGGGAUUAAAGUGAGAGAGCACGAAAAGGAGGAGGGAGAAGACGAGGGGGCACCCAAGGAGAACCCCUUUUUCAAGCUGCGCUCCUCAACAAAUUUGGUUAAAGUAGAGAAGGAUAUCCGGGAGGCUCAGGAGAGGGAGAAGGAGCUUCACAAGCAGAGGAUCAGCCUGUAUGGGGGCACAGAGGGCCCAAAGGGAGCAGGGGGAGGUGGGGGGCCAGUCAUUGCAGAAGGAAAGACUCCCACGUUAUCUUCUUCUUCACUGAAUGGACUGGCUGUUCCUGAAUUACCCGCCUCAUCAUCCAGACGGGGAACGAGACCCACGGCAGCACGCCAGUCAGUUGGCAGGUUAGGCAUGUGGCCCCCGCCCCAGUCUGAAGAGGAGAAGAUUAACCGGCCAGAGGUCCUCCAGGGUUCCCUGACCCCCAGACAGAAGACUUCUCUGGUGCAGCGCUGGGAGUCCGGUCUAGUCAACGGACACAACACAGAGGACGACUGAGGAGACGUUGCUAGAGUGAUCUGAAAGAGUUAGGUUACAUGAAACCUGUAGUUUUUUAAGUGGAGGGCUGAAGGAGAUAAGAAGGAAAGCAGGGAGGAAAAUUGGAGCAGUGAUGAAGGGGAGGAAAGACAGAAUGUGAAUCCAAAAGAGGUCAGGGAUUGAGGCUACAAAGGGGGUCAGGAGGAUUGGGACCAAGGUAAAGGAUUGCUUGUGGACUAAAAACCCUGAAGAGUCCUCCAUCAAGAAGGAGAGAAAAAGAAGGAGGAGGGCCACCUAUUAGUGGAUAAGCACUUGGCCUGUUUCCUGUGCUGGAAAACUCUAAGACUAAUGAAUGUUUUAAAGGCAAAAAAUAAUAAUGACUUUGCACCGGGGGAAAGAAAAAUGUAAGUUUAGUAAGAAUUAAGUUCUUUAUCAUUGGAACCUUCUUGUAAUAAUAAGGAGUUGUGAUGUAUUGAUGAAAAUAGAUUAAGUGGGGCUGUUUGUAGCUAGAAAAGCAAUGUGUCAUCCCCAGUUGUAUGCCUUCAAUUAUGUUUUAUCCUGAGUUAUAUUACACCUGAAUUAUCAAAUAGAAUCCCAUACAAAAGUCAUGCAAUAAAUCCUGUAGAUCAAUGUGUUUAGUUUAUAAUGAGGUUGUGUCAGAGGUCAUUCAUUAUAGAGUCUAUACUUAGCAAAAAGUCUAACACAAAAAUAUACUGUUUCACUAAGAGAAAGAAUUUCAGCAUUAUUGUUUUUAGCACUUUGUUGAGGUGUUCCUUAUAUGGUUACUCAGUGCAUAGAAAACUGAUCUGAAUUUGUUAACCAUUGGUAAACCUUGAAUGACUACUUAUGUUCUUAUGUUUCUUGCAUCACUAAGAGCUAGAUUAUAGUGAAAUUAAGCACCUUUCUGUAACAGUGCAAUGCUGAUCUGGAUUUGAGAGCUAAAGGAUUGUAAUACACAUCUAAUGCUUAAGAAAUAGUUGCUCUGUUGUUUUUUCAAAUGAUGCAGGAAAAAAGUAUUUUGGAAUGAAACUUGAUUCACACAA